UAUUCCUGCAUUGUACGAAAGUACUAAGAAUGAUGUGAAGCUGUCGCUUUCUCAAGCUGAACGAGUAGCGAUAACGACAGAUGGCUGGACGUCAUGCUCAAAUCAAGGGUAUGUGACAAUUACCUCUCAUCACAUUGAUCCGGAGUGGAAAAUGAAGACCUUUGUUCUGCUAACCAGAGUUUUAAAUGAAGCCCAUACUGGUAAAAAUAUUGGCGCGUUACUGCGUGAAGCCUGCAUGGAGUGGAAAAUCUGCGACAAGAAUCCUGCCAUCGUCACAGAUAACGCCAGGAAUAUGAUUGUGGCCGGUGCAGAAGCCCAGUUCAGUCCACACAUUACCUGCUUCGCACAUACACUCAACCUUGCCUCGCAGAAGGGUUUGGGGGUGGACCGUGCUUCAAGGUUGUUGGGGAAAGUGCGAAAAAUUGUUGGAUAUUUUCACCGCAGCCCGAUUGCAUGUCACGCCCUACAGGAAAAACAAACUCUGAUGGAUUUACCAAAACAUAAACUGAUCCAAGACAUAAUCACCAGAUGGAACAGUUCAUUCGAAAUGCUUGAACGUUUUUUGGAACAACAGCCAGCUAUAAUGGCAACUCUGAUGUCCAAGGAUCUACGAAAGGGGGUCACAGAUGUAGGCACGCUGAGUGAGAGUGAUAUUGCCAACAUGGAUGACAUUGUUCAGUUGAUGGGUCCUGUCAAAAUGGCAACCACUGUGAUGUGUGAAGAAGACCAGCCAACUCUCUCUGUAAUUGCUCCUCUUCAAGCAAAACUGCUGAAACACCUACAGCCAUGCGAAGACGACUCAACCCUGGUUGCAGAGAUUAAGAGGGUGAUGGCCAGUGACCUCUCCACACGCUACAGAGGCACCCAAGAUGCUCUCAACAUAGCAUCAGCGUUGGACCCGCGAUUUAAAGAACUGCCCUACCUGGAAAAAGAGGACAGAGAACAGGUCUACACAAAACUGGUUUUUGAGGCAGAAGUGUCCCACCAGCUCCAAAUGAGUCACCUCCUUGUAAGAAGAAAGCCUUAGAUGCGCUGUUUGGCGAUUCCUUCACCCAAAGAGAAAGAAAAUCCACAAGCAAGACAGCCAGAGCAGAGGUGUUAAGGUACCGAGCAAAAGAUGCGUUGCCUUUGACUGAAAAUGCCAUGAAGUGGUGGAGAUCUCAGGAGAAAGAGCUACCUGUACUUUCCACCCUUGCUAAACGGUACCUGUGCAUUCCAGGCACC